AUGAGUUAUUCUGAAAUUUGUGACAAAUUCGACUCAAUUGCAGCUAAUCUCAAAAAAGGAACACAAGUGGUAUCAGCAAUUCACGUUUUCUUUAAAGGUUUUAAGAAAAACCUUGACUCUUUUAACCAGCAGCUGCAGAAACUAUCAGAAGGUCUUUUUGCAGAUCUCCCAAAAGAAGGAAACACAGACACUUUGUCAGGGGCUUUAAAUGAGCUGACCACUUAUAUGAAGCUGCAUAUACAGACUCAGGUUCAGUUGUCGAAAAACGUGCAGAUUGAUAUAAUUGAGCCUUUAGAGCUGUUUUUAGAACAUUUCACCACUACAAAUUCAAGCUUGGUAAGCAGAGGGUCAAUUGCGGCAAAGGACCUUGCGAAAUCAACUGAAAAAGUACAAAAAACCAAAAAAAGUUAUGCUGGGUUUAUAAAAUAAAUUAAAUUUUUUUUUAAAAAAUAAUAAAUUGCUACCUAUACAUAUAAGUAUAUAUUGAGUCUGCAAAAUUAGCAGAGAGGUCAGAGCAAAUGAUUGCUGAAGAAGACACUAGAGAAAAGCAAGACAAAGCUUUAAGGCUAGCUCUUUAUAAUAGAAUGCUUGCUAAUAAAGCUUCAGAAAAUUAUACAAAAGCCCAUGAAGAAAUGAACACUUCUUGGGAAUUUUUUGAUGCAGAAAUGCCAGAGGUGAUGGAAUUUAUUCAACAAAAUGAAGAAAGCCGCAUUCAUUUUUUGAAAUAUACGUUUGAUAAAUAUAUCUCUUAUAAAAGGGGAAUAAUAUUAAUAAUAAAGCAUAUUUAUCUUGUAAAUAAUUAAUUUAUUAGGGUAUAUCAGGCAUUAUAAAUCUUAUUUUACAGUAAUUGAUGAGGCUUUAGAUGAUUUCAGCGCAGUUUCAAGUAAAAUUAAUAGUUCAAUUGACGUCAAAAUUUUUGUGGAAAAUUUAAAAACGGAGCCACAAAAACGUGAAGAGAUGGUGUCAUAUGAGCGCUGAAAAGAAAUCCAGAAAGAAAAAAGCAAGCAAGAAGAAACCCAAAAAGAGCCAGAAAUAACGACAGAACUCCUAAUAAAAAUCCUUAAUUUCUUGACAAAUAAUGACAGUAGCCCAGAAGAUUGAAUUGAGGUGGCAUCAAAAGAUUCUUCUAAGCCAGAAGACCUAGACCCUGUCUAUUUUGGAAGAAUUUCUAAUGUUUUCCACACCCCAGAAGGUCGAACACUAUUUUGUGAUUCUCUAGAAAGCUUAAAACAUAAAAGCUCACUAACUCCGACAAAAAUUUUACAGUUGGCAGCAAUAAUUACGUCUCUUUUAACUGUUAUUAUGAUGGAGGAAGACCACGACACAAUUGUUUUCUGUAAACUUGUUGUACUUUCACACAUAUUUUAUACAGAAGAUGAACAAGGGAAACGAGUUUAUUUAUCUGAGUAUAUAUCGUCUCAUAAUAUAUGGCAUGAUAAAGAGAGGUGGGUCGAAGCCAUUGAGUGUGGUAUUUCUGCAAAAAUUUCAGCUGACAAAGAUAAUUUGCAAAAAUAUCAUUCUUUAAAGAAAAAAGGGAAUAAUUUAUUUGGAAUUUUAAAAGGAAUAAAAAAUAAGUUUCCACAGAAAAUUGCAGAAAAUGAGCAUAUAAUAAAAUCUGCUGCAGUAAUGAUUAUUAGCCAGUUCAGCUUCCACAUGAUUCAUUUAGGAAUUCCUUUUGAGACUGCUAAUGCAGUCAUUUUAAAAUGCUGCCAGAAAGUAAAUCUUGAUACUGAUAGAACAUGUGUUUUAUUAGCUGAGCUGCAAGCGAAUCAAAGGAUGAAUUUGCAAGUUGAAGAUGAAUGAAAAAGAUCAUUAAGAAACCGUGAAAAAGAAAGGGAAAUCUGGAACGGUCUCCUACCUAUUGGGCUAGCCUUAGAUUAUUUAAAUCACUCUGAAAGCUUUAUAUUAUAUUAUUCUAUAUUAAAUUUGGUACUCUUUUUAACUAAUAAUAUAUAUAUCAAUAGACAAAAUAAGCAUAUCAUAUAUUAGAUAUUCUCUAAAUCAAUAAAAUGAUGGAUACUACAAGUAUGCAAAAAAUGAAAUAAAAAAUUCUAUGUCCCAAUCCUAAAAAAGUGACUGUCAGAAGCUGAAGAAUCUGCCCAAAAAAUUCGAAGCAAAGCCUGAAUUGAGCUAUUGAGAGACCAUAUGCCACCCAUUGAAUAUCAAGCAUUUGUUCAAAGAAUUACGUCAGAGCCAAGCAUGAUUAGCGAAUUAGAAGAAAUUAUCAACAUGGAUGUAUUGAGAAGUUAUAAAGAUUCUCUUGUCAACCCAAAUUCCCUUAAAAAUCUGCUAAAAACAUAUGCAUUUUAUAACCCAGAAGUAGGGUAUUGCCAAGGGAUGAACUAUAUAGCAGGUACUUUACUUAUUCAGCUUCAAGAUGAAGAAAUGAGCUUUAAAUGUUUUGCAGCACUUAUUAAGAGGUUUAACAUGACAAAUAUUUUUAUAUUCUUUGCUAAGCUGAGUUAAAUAUUUUAUAGCCCUUAAAAUAUAGUUAAUAAAUUUAGACAUUUUUAUCGUAAUAUAAUUAGUACAGUAUAGAUGAUUUACCAAAACUAAGGCAAUUUUUCUAUAUGUUAGAUCGAUUAACAGGACUUUUAUUACCAGAAGUCUACGAAUUUUUCAUGGAAGCUGGGAUCACUUCAGCCCAUUUCAGCUCUCCUUGGUUUAUUACAUUAUACGCCAACAUUUUGCAGCACAAAUCACACAUUUUAAUCAAGCUUUGGGACUUGUUUUUCCAAAAAGGCUGGAAAAUCAUUUUUAAAGCUGCAAUAGCCAUUUUAAGCAGAAUGUCCAGGGAAUUAAUAGGAACUCGGUACGAAAACGUUAUGUCUGUGCUGACCAGUAUAAGUAUGCCAAAUAGUCAUUCAGAUAUUUUUGAUGAAAGUUUUAUUAACAGACUAAAACAAAUAAAAAUCUCAAAUGCUCUGCUAAAAGAUUUAGAGGUGGAGUAUGAAAAUUUGAAGUUUAGAGCAGAAAAUUUAAAACUAAGUGAAGUAUUUUAA